CACUCCUCAGAGCCCGUCACUUCUACUCUGGAAUGUUUACAGGAACUUCAUGAGCAGCAUCAGGACCAAGUGUUUGUCAGAGAAAAAAAGACAUGCUCUGAAGAAACUUUUCGUUCUGGGAUCACAGCGGAUGCCACAGGUGUAGCCGCUGGGCUCAACAGAGUAAUGGCUGUUCAGACUGCAAUCAUGAACUCUCAGUUCAUGAAUUUCUGCUUCCCUGGUUCUGUGAUGGAGUAUGACAUGGAGAAAAGUCUGGAUGGGAGUCUCCUCGGUGAGGCAGAAAAUGACGAGGACUACAAAGAGACCACUAGGGACUUGCUGAGCUUCAUAGACUCAGCCUCCAGCAAUAUCAAGUUGGCUCUGGACAAGCCAGUGAAAUCCAAGAGGAAAGUCAACCACCGGAAGUAUCUACAGAAGCAGAUCAAAAGGUGCACUGGAAUUAUAACACCAGGAAGCGUAGCAGAAGCCCCAGUUAAAAGACAGGGCUCCCCCCUGGCUCAGCCCAGCCCUUUGCAGAGCAAAAGUUUGCCUAAACGUGAUGGGGUCCAAGCCAACUUACAGAGCAAGAGCUUGGCAGCCCUCUUCAGCCCUGUGAAGGAUAUAAGGGGUGAAAAAGCCAAGAAACCACCUCUGAGGCAUCGCAAUCUGCCCCCUUCUUUCUUUACUGAGCCUGCCAACUGCUCCAAAGUCAACUCCACAUCUGGGAUGACGCUGAAAGACUUGGAACGAGGUAACCCUGAAGCUGCAGAGUUCUUCGAGCUCUUGGGGCCUGAUUACAGUAAUAUGGUCAGUGACCAGGACCUUUACCAAAGCACACAUCUGCGUGUCCAACCAGAGAUGGGAGGCCCAGAUUCUGCUUCCUAUGAUGCUCACCAUUUAGUUGGUGGCCUCCUCUACUCCGAGCCCUGGACUACUAGCUGCUCAGGAGUGUCUAAGAAACUAGGAGGGAGCCUACGUACAGGCCCAGCCCAGCCUCCUGUGUACUGUCCUUCUGAGGCUGCUGGGCCCACAGAGGACCACGCACUGUGCACUUUGGCCUUUCCGAACUUCUUCACGGACUGCACCACACCUCAGGUCACCUAUGAUUUAAAUGGUGGUUAUAACAGAGCUAAUUAUUCAUCUCUAUGAGAAACCGACAAUUGUCUUGUUAGAAAUGCUGGUAAAAACAGUUGCUGUGAGAGGUUUAACACUAGUCUAAGAGUCUAAGUUUGAUAUUACUGUAUCACAUUUGUUUAUUUGUUGUGGAAGUAAUGUAAUGCAAAGACUUCAUAUCAGCCCCUCUCAACAACGUGUAUUAUUUCCCCGGAGAGAAACCAGGAACUGCAAAUGUUUUCUUUUAUUUUUCAUUAAAUGUUCAAAGCUUAAGUGGAUUUCAUAGUUAACUCCCCAGGUUCAUUUACUGCAUUAUUCUGUUAAAUGUUAGAUUUUUUUUCACAAGUGGACAUACAUUUCUGGCUACACUUCAGUUUGUCUGUUCAUCUUGCAGAUUUGUUAUAGAAGACAUUUCAUUCCAUCGUUUUCAUAUUUCACAAAAAAAAAGAAGUUGCAGAAAUGGUUGUUGGUUUAGUCCACUAAACAUCAAUUACUGCUAGAAAAUGACACUGUAGAUGUGUUUGUAACAUUUGACAAAAUUUGCUCCAACAAUCUCUCAGCAAAGCACUUUUUCGUUCCUGUUAGCAGUUCUGUGUGGAGGCACUGAGGGGAAAACUCAUUUUGCUGUAAUGAUGAUUACAACUAUGUGUGAUGCCAUGUUUGUUUUACAACAUCUUACAGCUCAGAAAAUGAUUUUCACUUGUAUCCAUUUUGUUGGGGAAAAAAAUCUUUAGUGUGUCUAGCUAUUGUAAGGAGACAAAAUAAAGCUGGUCUUUAUUACGGUGACAACAGUGUUUGUGUGUGUUCAUUGCUAAUCGUGGGUGUUGAUGUGUGAUUAUCAGAAUACAUGAGCAUACAAAGCAAAAACACUGCAUGGAAGAAUUUGUGUGUGUGUGUCUCUAAAAUAUACAUGUUGAACUGCAUCAUGUAAUUUGCAUGUAACGACAAAAC